AUGACCAGCCCAUCGGAGCUGGUGCUUCAGGAUCAUGGCUUCAAUGCUGGGAAUCUCGGUCUGCUCCAGGACUUCGACAUCGGUGUUGAAGUCACACCAGUGGAUGUUGAGGAUGGUGCGCAGGCAGCGCUGAUGGAAGCGCUCGAGGAGGCGGAUGUGGCUGCGAUUCAGAUCCCUGGAGAAAUCAUGUUAUUGGCUUAUAUCGUUGUCCUGUAUGGAGCAGGCAACUGGAUAGUGCACGGUGAGACUUAUGGUCCUUGGAGUGAUUGGUCCCCAUGUAGUGUUCAAGUAGGGGAGGGAUUCAUGACAAGAAACCGUGACUGUAUUGUGGAGGAUUGCCCUUCACCUGGAGAGUACAUAGACUAUAUGAAAUGCUUUGUGAAGCCGUGCCCUUGUGAAUGUCCUACCGCUACAGGUACAAUCCAAAUUGAAGUUGAAGAAGGAUCGACCACAGCUGGACCAGUAACUAACCCAGGUGCAACUGGUACUAUUGGCAUUGAGGUGGAGGAGGAGUCCUCAACUGCUGUUUGUGCAGUUUUGGACCAAAAGCAACUACCUCUAGUGGACAAGGGAGAAAAAAAAGAAACAACAUCGGCUCCUAAAGGAGGAGAAGAAGAAGGAACUACAUCGGCUCCUGAAAAAGGAGAAGAGGAAGGAACUACAUCGGCUCCCGGAGAAGUAGAAGAAGAAGGAACUACAUCGGCUCCUGGAAAAGGACAACAAGGAACUACAUCGGCUCAUGGAAAAGGAGAAGAGGAAGGAACUACAUCGGCUCCUGGACAAGUAGCAGAAGAAGGAACUACAUCGGCUCCUGGAGAAGGAGAAAAAGAAGGAACAACAUCGGCUCCUGAAGGAGGAGAAGAAGAAGGAACUACAUCGGCUCCUGGAGAAGGAGAAGAGGAAGGAACUACAUCGGCUCCUGGAGAAGGAGAAAAAGAAGGAACAACAUCGGUUCCUGGAGAAGGAGAAAAAGAAGGAACUACAUCGGCUCCUGGAGAAGGAGAAAAAGAAGGAACAACAUCGGUUCCUGAAGGAGGAGGAGAAGAAGAAGGAACUACAUCGGCUCCUAAGAAAGGAGAAGAGGAAGGAACUACAUCGGCUCCUGGACAAGUAGGAGAAGAAGGAACUACAUCGGCUCCUGGAGAAGGAGAAAAAGGAGGAACAACAUCGGCUCCUGAAGGAGGAGAAGAAGAAGGAACUACAUCGGCUCCUGGAGAAGGAGAAGAGGAAGGAACUACAUCGGCUCCUGGAGAAGGAGAAAAAGAAGGAACAACAUCGGCUCCUGAAGGAGGAGAAGAAGCAGGAACUACAUCGGCUCCUGGAGAAGGAGAAGAAGAAGGAACUACAUCGGCUCCUGGAGAAGGAGAAGAGAAAGGAACUACAUCAGUUCAUGGAGAAGGAGAAGAAGAGGGAACUACAUCGGCUCCUGCUGGACCUGUGGUCUCUCCAACUCCCAUAGAGGCACCAGUCACGGAAGCGCCAGUACCUGAAAUUCCAUGUGAGGAGAAUCCUCUCGGGGCUGAAGAAGGUGGAAAAUUGCUCGACUCAAGCUUCACUGCUACCUCAAGUUACGCUGAAUUCCAACCCUUCAAUGGCCGGUUGAAUGGUCCAUUGGCCUGGUGUGCGGAAGGAACUGACGAAGGGCAAGAGUAUCUACAGAUUCACGUACCAGAUGCAGAAGCCAUUUGUGCUAUUGCUCUUCAAGGGACCGGUUUUGGAGGCGGAAAUGAACAUGUGACGGAGUUUUACUUAGAAUAUUCCAUCGAUGGCAAUCUGUGGAACACAAUAGCUGAUGAGGAUGGAAAUUUGAAGAUGUUCGAGGGAAAUGAAGACUCGAAAUCUACCAUAAAACACGAGCUUUCGGUUCCCGUCGAGGCAAAGUACAUUCGAAUUUUCCCAAUGUCUUUCGACGGAUGGCCGUGUUUGAGAGCAGAGCUGUAUGGAAAAGAAAAGAAACAAAAAGCCCCUUUCGGAGAAAUUCCAUGCAAGGAUGAUGGUCUAGGGGCACAAGAAGGUGGAAAUUUGCCUGAUUCAAGCUUUUCAGCCAGUUCGAGCCACUGGUAUCGCCAUUAUCCGGCUUCUGGUCGUUUGAAUGGUCCAUUAGCUUGGUGUCCUAUGAGCAAUGGUGAGGAGUAUCUUCAGAUUCACCUACCGGAUGCCAAAAUCAUUUGUGCUGUUGCGGUACAAGGUUUUGAGGAUUUAAGGGAAUAUGUCACGAGUUUCUCAAUAACCUACUCCAUGGAUGGGGAUAAGUGGUUGACAUUUUUAGAUGACAAGGGCAAGGAUAAGGUGUUCGAAGGCAACAAGGAUGGGACAUCCAUCGUAAAACAAGAAUUCCCAGUUCCUGUGAAAGCCCAGUACAUUCGGAUCAACCCAGUGUCGUAUGAGGAAUGGCCGUGUUUGAGAGUAGAGCUUUAUGGAAAAGAAUUUGAAGAAGAGAAACCUUCAACACCAGGAGAAGAAACUUUUCCGCCCCCUGGUGAAGUAAAAGGAAAAACUACUGCGCCUCCUGGUAAAGGGAAAGAAGAAGCUACUUCACCGCCUGGUAAAGGAGAAGAAAAAACUACCUCAGCCCCUGAAGGAGAAGAAAAAACUACCUCAACCCCUGAAGGAGGAGAAAAAACUUCGCCCCCUGCCAUAGAAAUUCCAUGCGACGAGAACGCUCUUGGGGCAGAGGAAGGUGGAAAAUUAACCAAGUCAAGCUUCACUGCAACCUCGACCUAUACAAAUGAAUUUCAACCCUUCAAUGGUCGCUUGAAUGGACCGCUCGCCUGGUGUCCCGCUGGCGUAUCCGCUGGCCAAGAGUUUUUACAGAUUCACGUACCGGAAGCGGAUACUAUCUGCGCCAUUGCUCUUCAAGGGACUGGAGUUGAGGAAGGAAUGGACUACGUCACAGAAUAUUUUGUUGCGUAUUCAGUUGAUGAUGAAGAAUGGCACGAAAUUAAGGACGGAGACGGAAAUUUGAAGGUCUUCAAGGGCAAUGACGGUCCUAGAGAAAUAUCAAAACAAGUUUUACCAGUUCCUGUAAAGGCCAACUACGUUCGCAUUUACCCAUUGUCAUAUGAAAGUUGGCCGUGUUUAAGAGUAGAGCUAUAUGGAAAAGAAAAAGAAAGACCACCUUCUGAAACAGGACAAGGAGAAAGUACACCGCCUCCUGAAGAAGAAAUUACUUCGCCUCCUGGAGGAAAAGGAGAAACUACAUCACCUCCUGGAAAAGAAGAAGAAGAAGAAAUUACCACGGCUCCUGAAGAGUUGCAGUGUGAUCCUGUCGGUGCAGAAUACGGAGGUGCCCUGCCGGACUCAAGUUUUUCGGCUUCCUCUGACAGCGGAGACGAUUACAGCGCGUCCAAAGCUAGAUUGAAUGGUCCCUCGGCGUGGUGUCCGGUAGAAAAUUUCAAACCAGGCACUUACCUUCAGAUUGAAUUACCAACCGAAAUGUCAGUUUGUGCCAUUGGAAUGCAAGGUUUUGAAGACUUUGGAGCUUGGGUCAAAAGGUAUACCGUUGCGAUAUCCCCAGACGGUCAGGAAUCAUGGGAAGAAAUGGUCAUGGAGGGGAACGUAAACUCAGUCGAUCCAUCACUUCAGAGAUUGCCAAAACCCACACGUGGGCAGUUUGUUCGUAUUUACCCCAUGCAGUAUGAAGUAUUCCCAUGUUUAAAGGGGGAAAUAUAUGCAAUAGCAACUGGAAAGUUUCCUCACCCAAAAGAGCCUGACGAAGAAAUAACAGAAGAAAAUACCCCUACUCCAGAGACUCCGACGGGGGAAAAAAAGGGUUCUCCACCUCCGCCUCUAUUGAAUCCACCUAUUCCUACAACAGUCCCUCCAAAGGGAAUGGACAUAGGAAUUGUGAUUGGCGUAACCGAAAGCGAAUUUGAGACGAUUAAAGGAUUCAUAUCUCGGCUGGUCAUAUACAUCAGUAAGCAUUUCCCGAAUGUUCAGUUCGGUCUCAUCAUUUACAGCGACAGACCUGAGCUUAUAAUGACUCUGCGGCACAUCAAGUACAUCAACGUUAAGGUGAUCAUCGAAGGGAUGUGGUAUGUCCCUGGAGGGCACCGCACGGAUCUCGCUAUGCUGUACGCCAGCCGGAAGCUGUUCUGUCCCGUGGGGUGCAAGGACCGACCGGAAGAAGAGAAUGUGAUGGUACUUUUCACCUCUAAAAAAACUGACGCCGGUUCGAUCCCGUACUCUAUUGUCACACCGAUUAUGAAGAAUUGUUCUUCCAACAUAAUCGCCGUUGGACUAUCCGAUAAAGUCAGUAAAUCAGAGCUGGUCCAAAUAGCACUUGGAUCACCUGAGCGCGUGCUUCAAUAUAACUCGAUAGAUUCUCUGGAUUCAAAUGUCAUCUAUCAGAUCUCAACCAUGAUCGAAAAAGGACCUGUUGUAAAGACUGUUGUAAAAACUGUCACCACCACGUCAAAGGUGAUUAUCCACGAAUUACCUUGAGCCGUGAAUUUUCGAACUUUACAUCUUAAAUUUAUUAAACUAAGCUUAUAUUAGGUUUAGUAAAACUGUACUGCUGGUAAAUUUGCUCGUUAUGGCGUAGAUGAAUGAAUUGUCCCCCUGACCCCUGAGCUUAGUUCAAUCAAGACAACUUUCUGUUUGUCUGCUAAUUUUGCACGGCAAUGGUAUAUUUUAAAAGCUGCUAAGGCUUCAGAAAAUAAACUAAGAUAAAUGGGGCGGUAAGAGUCAUGCUAAACUUCAAUGAAACCUAAUUCGGAUGCAGGAAAAUUUAGAAAGCAAAUGAGCAAGUAUUUAGCCAGGUAUUUUUGGCUAGCACGAAGUGGCGUAAUUAAUCUCAAGAAGUUUCCAUCCGCGUCAGAUUCGCUUGCGAGGCAGAUUCGCUGUCAUCACGUUCGGGUUUGGCUUAAAAACGAAUAAUAAACUUAGUCAAGUCUAAUACUUACAGAAUACUGAUUCAAACAGGUUGUUCUUAGUAAAGCCAUUUGGUAAAUCAAAACUGAGUUUUCGUGCUGCUUUAAAGUCAAGAAAUGUGUAGAUAGCUGUCUUAUCCGUCGAAAAACUGUUUCAAUUAAGUCAUGGAAUAUUGUUAAAUCUGGUGAAGGUAAUUUCAUUUGAAACAAGACACGUAAUUUAACAUUUCCUACUUACCUUAAAAAUGUAGGUGAGAAUACAAACGAUAAGAUUAGCUAGGUAAUAUUUGUAAGCCUUGAGAAGCAAUAUUCAGAAGAAACUUGGGGGAAUAGUCACAAGUAGAAAUUAUUCUUAUUACAACCAUCAAUUUAUAGUGCACAUUACCAAAUCAGUAUUACGAAUAACUGUUAUUUUUACAAUAAAAACAAAACAAAUGUUA